UCAGCAAGUUAACAGGAAAAAAAACUAAUAAUAAUAAUAAUAAUAAUUACAGUAAAGAAAAUGAAGUCAACUGAAGAGAGUCAAGUUUCAAUUAGGAGGCGCCGGUAAUGAUGAUUUAAGGAAAGAAAGAGACCAGUUCAAAGUCAAGUAGCGUAUCCAUUAGUUUUGAAAAUACUGUGAUCUGUUUUGUGAAGAAGAAAGCGAGGAAAUAUUCUGAGAAGUUGUUGGUCUUUAAAACUCACGGUGUUUGGUAUUUUGCAUUACAAUUUGAGGAUGGUACUAAUUUAUGUUUUGCGGUUCUUUUUGGUUUCACAUCUACUCCUCAACUGGGGUGUGAAUGGGGACCGUGAAGAGUGUCCAGACUCGUUUGAUUGUGGAAGUCUCGGCUCGUUUCACUUCCCUUUAACCACCGCAGAACGCCCUGAUUGUGGUGCACUGGCCAUCCAUGGUUGCGAUGAUCAUAAGCAACAGUCCCAGUACUUACUCAUUGGAGGUGAAAAGUUUCCAGUUACACGGAUUGGGAAGAAAAGUUUGUUCACUUCCAAUCUUGUUUACGUUAUUGACAAUCAUCUCUCCCAAUAUUUGGAAUCAGGGAGCUGUAACGCCUUUACCCAUAAUAUUACACUCCCUUCCGUCUCUCCUCUCAUUGGUUUCUUCACUAUCAGUAACAACGUUACUUUGUUCAAAUGCAAGAGCAAUCUCAACGUCAGCACGCCGCAAACUUACUUUAAAAAUUCUACAAGCUGUGACUACGACAUCGUUUUCGGCCCUCCUAAUUCAGAUGAUGAUGCAUCUGUGUCCACGCACCCUUCCAUUGCAGGAUGCUCAAGUGUUGAGCUUCCCGCAGUGUAUGGCCUUCCAAUAUCUGCAAACCCAUUUGCGUUCUUAACUGCAGAAAUUCCCAUCCACUUCAAUCCAUCAGUUAAAUGUGCCCAGUGUCGUCAUGACACAAGGGUUCCGCAUGGCCAAUGUUUCCUUGACAGGGAAGGAAAACCUUACUGCGCUACAAGGAAGGACAAAAAAGGGACUCGGAUGCUUGCACUCGCACUAGGUUUAGGUCUUGGACCUUGGAUCAUAUUUGGGUUGAUCCUCAUUUUAAAAAACCACAAACGGAAGCAGAGUACCGCACACGUCCAACUCCAAUCAACAAUGGCUUCUGCUGAUUCCAGCCAUAGUCCUGAUGUACAGACUGACAGGAUCUUCUUUGGGGUGCCAAUAUACUCUUAUAAGGAGCUUCAAGAAGCAACCAACAACUUUGACAACACCAGAAAACUCGGAGAUGGAGGCUUUGGCACUGUUUACUAUGGAAAACUUGAAGAUGGAAGAGAAGUUGCAGUCAAACACCUAUUUGAUCACAACUACAGGAGAGUGGAGCAGUUUAUGAAUGAGAUUGAGAUCCUCACUCGAAUGCGCCACAGAAAUCUUGUGUCCCUGUAUGGCUGCACUUCACGUCACAGCCGUGAGCUACUUCUUGUGUAUGAAUACAUUCCAAAUGGCACGGUUGCUUCUCAUCUCCAUGGUACUUUAGCAAGGGCCGGUUUACUCACUUGGCCUAUUCGAAUGCAAAUCGCCAUAGACACUGCUACUGCAUUGGCAUUUCUCCAUAUUUCAGAUAUCAUCCACCGUGAUGUCAAAACCAACAACAUUCUACUUGACAUUGAUUUUUCAGUUAAGGUAGCAGACUUUGGUCUUUCAAGACUGUUUCCAAACAAUGUCACCCAUGUCUCCACGGCUCCACAAGGAAGUCCAGGUUACCUUGACCCUGAAUAUUUUCAGUGCUACCAACUUACAGCCAAGAGUGAUGUAUAUAGUUUCGGGGUUGUGCUCAUGGAGCUGAUAUCAUCUAUGCCAGCAGUUGAU